AUGUCGGCAAAAGUCUCUAGAACAAAACGGUCGCCAGUAUGGGCAUAUUUCGUAGAGGUGGGUGGAUCGGUAAAGUGUAAUUUGUGCAGUCAAACGCUCGUGCGAACAAGUGGCACAACGAACUUGCUCUCGCACUUGAAGACGCAUCAUAAGGAGCAGCAUGCUCUUAUUGCUGGAGGUAAGACACCAGAGGUGUCAGCAACUACCUCUUGCGGAACGAAGUCGGUCUCGUUGUUUUUUCCAUCCAGCUCUGCCAGGACCUGUGAUUCGCGUCGUGCUGGUGUGAUCACAGAACACAUCCUCGACUGGGCUGUUGGUUCACUGCGACCACUAUCUGUCGUAGCCGACGGUGAGUUUGUCGAACUCCUGAAGUUGCUGGAGCCCGAAUACAAGAUGCCGUCGCGGACGCAUCUCGCCAAGCUCCUCGACAAGCGGCAUUCGCUCUGCAAGUCCGAGUUGAAGGCGUUAAUUCGGUCCGACGGCAUGGCGGGCGUUUCUUUGACAACUGAUGGCUGGACGUCCACAGCGACGCAGUCAUUUGUCACGCACACUGUUCACUUCGUCAACGGCGAAUGGACGUUGGUGAAUGGUGUGCUUGAAACAGCAAUAUUCAGUGGUAACCACACUGCGGAGAAGCUGGCUCUUUGUACGCAAGAUGUGGUACGCAGAUUCGGCAUCAAGGAGGAGCAGCUAGUUGCCCUCAGCCAUGAUGAAGCCCGGAAUAUGGUGGCUGCGAGUCGUAUCCUGGCUUGUUACUGA